AUGAGUUUUAAAGGUUUUACUAAGGCAAUUUCAAGGGCACCUCAGUCCUUCCGCCAGAAAUUCAAGAUGGGAGAACAAACUGUAGACCCUGUUUAUGAAGAUGCAGAACGUCGUUUCAAAGAAUUAGAAGAUGAAACAAAGAAAUUGAGUGAAGAAUCCAAGAGAUACUCCGCCGCUGUCACGGGGAUGUUAACCCAUCAAAUUGGGUUUGCAAAGGCAAUGGAGGAAAUCUUCAAACCUAUCAGUGGGAAAAUGAGUGAUCCUAAUGCUACUGUUCCCGAGGAUAAUCCAGAUGGUAUUGAAGCCAGUGAACAAUAUAGAACUGUGGUGGCUGAAUUACAAGAAACGUUGAAACCAGAUUUGUUGCUUGUUGAAGAGAAAAUCAUUAAACCCUGCCAAGAAUUAUUGAAAAUUAUCACAUAUAUCCGUAAGAUGGCAACAAAGAGAAACCAUAAGAAACUAGAUCUUGAUAGACGUUUAAAUACCUAUAAUAAAUAUGAAAAGAAAAAAGAACCAAAUGCUAAAGAUGAAGAAAGAAUGUACAAAGCUGAAGCUGAGAUGACAGUGGCUCAACAAGAGUACGAUUAUUAUAAUGAAAUGCUUAAGACCCAAUUACCAAUAUUAUUUGGUUUAGAAGCUCAGUUCGUCCAACCUUUGUUUGUUUCAUUCUAUUACAUGCAAUUGAACAUUUUCUACACAUUAUAUAAUAGAUUUCAAGAUAUGAAGAUCCCAUAUUUUGAUUUAACUACUGAUAUAAUGGAAGCUUUCAUUGCCAAGAGAGGUAACAUCGAAGAACAAACAGAUGCAUUGACCAUCACACAUUUUAAGAUUGGUUACUCGAAGGCUAAAUUAGAAAUGACGAGAAAACGUUAUGGUGCAGGUGCAACUGUAGGAGAAUCGGAAUCUCCAAGUUAUCCAGGAACUCCAACAAGUCCAGCUUCUCCAUAUGGUUCACAAACUGGAUUUGCCGGAUAUAACCAACAGCAACAACAACCUGGGGCAUAUGGAAUGCAAUCCCCUCCAGCCACAGGAGGAUACCAACAACCUGCUUAUGGUGCAGCUGGUGCAGCUGGUGCAGCCGCUAUGGGCCAACCUGGUUUCCAACAACUGCAACAACCACAACCACAAGCUGCCGCUCCUCCUCCUUAUCCUACUUCUGGAAUGCCUCCAACCGCAGGUUCCAUGGCUGCACCAGGUGUAGAGACUGUUACAGCAUUAUAUGAUUAUCAAGCUCAAGCCGCUGGUGACUUAAGCUUCCCAGCUGGUGCAGUUAUCGAGAUUGUUGAGCGUACAUCUGAUGCCAACGAAUGGUGGACUGGUAAGUACAAUGGACAACAAGGUGUUUUCCCUGGUAACUAUGUCCAAGUGAAUAAAGUGUAA